CUCGUGCCUUCUCAUCCCGAAUUCACCUCGCCAAGCCAGCCUCCCCCCGCACGUCGCCCAUCCACCGGCCGGCGCUCUCGGUCUCGGCUUCCGCUUUCCGCAUGCGUCGCCUAUCGCAACAAGCUCGCCGGGCGGUAAAUCCGCCCUUGCUCGGAUGGACUGUUCAAGAUUUAGUUUGUUGGAGAUUCGUUUGCUGCUUCACGUGCUUGUAUGCAUUGAUCGCACGGAGAGUACAUUAUCUGGCGAAGAAAAGUUUUAGCCCCUGUUUGGGGCUUGGGCCAUUGCCAUGGAGAUAAUUAACAGUGCUUGCUUUAGCUCGAUAGGCAUCCACAGAACCAGAAUAAACAAGUUAGUAAAGGUAGGAUCCCAACCACAAAGAAUUGGCUGGGCAUUGUCAAGGACAUGUUGCGAGUACUCUCCUGGUACUGCUAACAACAAGAGGCAUGGGAGGUAUCAGCGACAACCACAGAACGUUGAUCUCCCAGAAUCACAACCAAAAAACAAAAAGAAGCCCUUUCCUGUUCCAAUUAAAAAGAUGUUACAAGCUUCUCGGCGAGAUAAGAGGCUUGCACAAAUGAGGAUAGACAAGCCUCUUGUGCCCCCAAAGAACGGUUUGCUUGUACCAGAGCUUAUCCCUGUUGCUUAUGAAGUCCUUGAUAACUGGAAAGUGCUCAUCAGAGGACUCUCUCAACUUCUGAAUGUUGUUACAGUUUAUGGUUGCAGAAAGUGCCCUCAAGUCCAUGUUGGUCCGGUUGGCCACCAGAUCCAAGAUUGCUACGGUUCAGGAAGCGAGCGUCGGAAUAGUCAUCACUCUUGGAUCGCGGGUUCCAUCAAUGACAUCCUCAUCCCAAUUGAAUCUUACCAUCUUUUUGAUCCAUUUGGGCGGAGAGUCAAGCAUGAGACCAGGUUUUACUAUGACAGGAUUCCAGCAAUCGUUGAGCUAUGCAUUCAGGCUGGUGUCAACUUACCGCAAUAUCCCUCAAGGCGACGGACUGCACCUGUCCGGAUGAUAGGCAAGAAGGUGAUUUACCGUGGUGGGAUUGUUGAUGAGCCUAAGCCACACCGGUCAGAAGACUGUGUAUCGCUGCUUGCUGAACUCGACACAUUUAGUAACCAACAAGGCCAGUCACCGUUGCCAUCCAAUGUGAAAGAGCUUGCAGACAGGACACUGGAAGCAUACCUCAAUGUCCGGCGAGGCGUUGGGCAGCUGAUGCACAAGUACACUGUAAAAGCAUGCGGGUACUGCUCUGAGGUACAUAUUGGUCCAUGGGGACACAAUGUGAAGCUCUGCGGGGCUUUCAAGCACCAGUGGAGGGAUGGCAAGCACGGGUGGCAGGACGCUGUUGUGGACGAGGUCAUCCCCCCAAAUUAUGUGUGGCAUGUCCCUGACCCCACUGGCCCUCCUCUCAGAUCCUCCCUCAGGAGUUUCUAUGGCAAAGCUCCGGCUGUUGUCGAGCUGUGUGUGCAGGCCGGAGCUGAAAUACCUGAUGAGUAUCGGCCGAUGAUGAGGACUGACAUUGUCAUCCCAGAUUCAGAGGAAGCUCGGAUAGCUGCAUAACAACAGUGUUAUACUCUUCCCUGCACUUCUGUAGCUCUCCAGAGUCCAGAUUCCAAUCAAAGGUGCCGUUUUCUAGGCAUGCUGUGAUUGUUGGGGCUGUUGGCCCUGUAAUUGUAUUGCUCAGGAAGCAACACAUGCUUAGUCUGUAUAAUAUAAGUAGCAUGGCUGAACCAUGAUCGGCUAGAGUUUCAAAUUGAUAGAAAGACCUAGUUUAAGUAUU